AUGAACACAAGCACCGUAACGUUACAUGCAGAAUCCAAGGACUACACUGUUCUUUGCACCAUUGGAUCUUUGUCAUAUCUUAAACUCAAGCAUGGUCGUCCCUCAGCUGAAUGGCUCGUUGAAAGUCAGAGAAAGUCAUGGAGUAAAAGAAAUGAGGAAUUAGGGAAAGGGUAUCCAUGUACAACUUCUAUCAGUGAAUUUCUAGAUAGCCGAAGGAAGAGAGAAGGACGACCAUUUUUAAAUCUCUUUGUUCUGGCGAAGCGACGUCGUGUUCCCUAUCAGCUGAUCGUGGGUUCAGCUGAUCGAGGCUCAAGAUGGAGGCGGCGGAGCUGUGGUGAGGCGGGCGCGCGAGCUGGAUUUUUGUGGAUUUGUGCCGUAGUGCGGGCUCUACUCCACUAUGUUAUGGAUGGAUCAGCUCUAGCGGGAGUGGAUAGCAUGGUCAGUAUGAGGGGCGAAGGCAUGGUGUCGGGGCAGAGCAAUGGCGGUCCCGGGAGCGACGGAGGGAGCGCGAGUGAGUCCUCGUCCGCCACAGCCAUCAGCGGGGGAACGAAUGGGAAUAGUCAGGUGGAGUGCCAUAAUGGUGGAGCGGCGAGGAACGGGGAGUCGCAGUGGAGUCUUGUGGCCAGCGACGGCUCCAAGAUGAACAAAAUCCAAGAAAUCGUCGAGAAUCAUACAAGGUAUGUUUUGGCGCGGGUGUUGGUUCCACUAGGAGGCCGGAGGAGGUCUCGGCGUAAGUACGGCUGGAGGAUCACGUGGGCGGCGCUUGUUGCUCGUUGGCGGGUCUUGCGGCGCUGGGGAUGGGCGGGGCCUGUGGUGACCGAGACAGGUGAGGAGGCGUCGGGGGCAAUUAGGCAGAGGGCGCCCAUUAGAUAUGCAUUCGUGCUCGGCUUUAAUGAAAUCGACAGGUGCAUUGAUGGAGGAAUUGCCGUCAGUCGUAAUAAGUGCUUCUCACGUUGCCGUCUGAUGCUCUCCAUUUAA